AUGAUGUCAAAAGUUUGUGAAGAAGGCCUUUGGAAAAAGACAAAUGGGUGGGGUUUCAAUAUACUUCACUAUGCAAGCCUUUUAGGAAAUCUUAGGCUCAUUAAAUCUCUUAUCGAAUGUAACUGUGAUAAAGAUACAAAGACUUCAUAUGGAUGGACUCCGCUCUUUAUAGCAUCAAGGACUAAUUAUCUUGAAGUUGUUAAAUAUCUUAUCUCUGUUGGAGCCGAUAAAGAAGCAAAGGAUAAUGAUGGUAAUACUCCACUCAUUUAUGCAUCAGAAAAUGGUUAUCUUGAAGUUGUUAAAUAUCUUAUCUCUGUUGGAGCCGAUAAAGAAGCAAAGGACAAUGAUGGUAAUACUCCACUCUCAAUUGCAAAAGAUGAAGUAAGAGAUUAUCUAAGUUCUUUUGGAGCCAAUAAAACAAAUAAAUAG